AUGGCUAAGGCUAAGAAGGGAAAUAAGGACGAAAAGGCAGCCAAGGCAGCUGCGAAGAAGGCGAAGCAAGCCAACAAGGGCGAGAAGAAGGCCAAGACUAAGGCCGCGAAGCUCGAGGGUAGUGAUGCGGAAGAUGUAGACCUUGAGCAAGUGCUCGAGGAAUAUAGGAAGCAGCAGGAGCAAUUCCUCAAGGUCACUGAGACCGUAUCUGAGGGGCCCCCUAAGGCUCGCUCUGCCUCCACCAUUCUCGCUUCGCCAUGUGACCGCAACAACUUGCUGCUCUUUGGUGGCGAGUACUUCAACGGUGCGCUGGCUCAGUUCUUCAACGACCUGCACAUAUACUACAUUGAUCGUGAUGAGUGGAGGUGCGUGACGUCGCCGAAUGCGCCUUUGCCGCGCUCUGGACAUGCGUGGACUCGUGCCUCCAACCCGAACCAUGUUUACUUGUUCGGAGGUGAAUUCUCCUCGCCGAAGCAGGGCACUUUCCACCAUUACUCUGAUUUCUGGCGUUUGGAGCCCGCCACGAGAGAAUGGACGAAGAUUGAGUGCAAGGGCAAGACGCCUCCUGCGAGGAGUGGCCACCGUAUGACAUACUGGAAGCAGUACAUCAUCUUGUUCGGCGGUUUUCAAGACACUUCGAACCAGACCAGGUACCUGGCUGACUUGUGGAUCUUUGACACACAAAACUUUUCUUGGUUCAGCCCGACUCUGCCCCCGGCUCAGCUCAAGCCGGAUCCGAGGUCCUCCUUCACGUUGCUCCCUCACGAACAAGGAGCUGUUCUUUACGGAGGCUACUCCAGAGUCAAGGCCACCGUUGCUGCCAACAAACAGGCCAAGGGGUCUUCGCAGGGGCAGAAGAACAUCCUGAAGCCGUUGGUGCACGACGAUUGCUUCUUCCUCCGUAUGUCUCUACCUGCCGAAGGAUCACCUGCUACUGCGCCUCCUGUCGUUCGCUGGGAACGGCGCAAGAAGCCUGCCAACGCGCCCAACCCGAAACGUGCGGGUGCUACCAUGACUUGGCACAAAGGCCGUGGCAUUUUGUUCGGAGGUGUGCACGAUGUCGAGCAGAGCGAGGAGGGCAUGGACAGCGAGUUCUUCAGAGAGCUGUUCGCGUGGAACAUUGAACGAAACCGUUUCUUCCCACUGACCCUCCGUAAAGUUCGUCAGCAGAAGAAGGGUCCCUCUACUGAGCAGCGUGGAGGCCGUCGUGCGAGAGCCCAGGAUCGUGAGGAGGAGCUCCUGAGGCAGCUUGCUGCUCUGGAAACCGGCAAGUCGCUAGAGGAUGCUGAGGAUAUUGAGCUUGAUAAGAAGGAGGAGCCCGAGGAGGACGUGAAGCCCUUGAGAGAGAUGCCAAUUACUAUGGAGCUGCCUCAUCCUCGUUUCAACGCUCAAUUGGCCGUGCAAGACGAUGUGCUGUACAUCUACGGUGGUACAUUUGAGCAAAAGGAUCGCGAGUUCACUUUUGAUGAUCUGUAUGCAGUUGAUCUUGGCAAGAUGGACGGCUGCAAGGAGAUCUUUAACAGACCUGUCGAGGACUGGAUCGAUUCUGAAGAUGAAGACGACGAUGAUGAGGAUGACGAGGACGACGAGGAUGAGGAUGAAGACGAGGAGGAUGUUGAGAUGGAGGAAGAAGACAAGCCGCAAUUAUUCACAGCUAGCAAGCGUAAGAAGAAGGUCGACGAGGCCUCGGUUGCUGGCUCUGAGACCACUGCGGCAACCUCUACAACAGAGGAUGACGAUACAGAGGCCACAGAAACGGUGGAUGACGGCCUUCCUCACCCGAGACCAUUCGAAUCAAGACGCGACUUCUUCGUGCGUACCACGGCUGAGUGGCAGGAGAUUCUCAUGACCAACCUGCGGUGGAAGAAUAUCCAACCAGAGUCUCUCACCAUCAAGGAAAUCAAGGCCAAGGCAUUCGAGCUCAGUGAAGAGAAAUGGUGGGAUUGCAGAGAGGAGAUCACUGCUUUGGAGGAGGAGCAAGAGGCUGCUGGCAUCCAAGAGGUUGUAUCCCUCGCCGAAAGAGGCGAUGCUGGCGUGCCCAUCAUGAAGGAACAUCAUCUAUCGGUGAUGUCACUGGAGGAGUACGAGCCAAACCCAGAGUUUGUCGGCAGAAACUUCAACGCUGGCGAGAUUGUGCAGUUGGUACUGAAAUCGCGGUCAGGGAGAUGGCUGCCAUUUGAAUAUGUGCAAAUGGUGAUGAUGCAUGAGCUAGCACACUGCAAACAGAUGAAUCACUCGAGGGCAUUCUGGGCAGUAAGAAACCAGUACGCCGAGCAGAUGAGGGGACUGUGGCAGCGAGGAUACUCUGGCGAAGGCAUCUGGGGUCGUGGCACAUUGCUGCAGACGGGUGAGUUCCAGAACAACGUCGCGCUGCCAGGUGAAUCAAUACCAGAGCACCUCUGUGGUGGAACCUAUCGCUCGCGGGGUCGAAAGAGAAAGGCAAAGCCAAAGCUAUCCUACAAGGAGCAAAAAGAGCGAAGAAUCCUAAAGAAGUUUGGUGCCAACGGAGUCGCACUUGGCGCGGAUGAGGAGACCAAGGUCAAACUAGAGGGCGGGAAACGGACACAGGCCAAGCCUCGUGUAGCUGGAAGUGCAAGAGGCCGCGAGUUGCGUGCAGCCGCAGCUCUCGCUCGUUUUGAUCAGCAGAAGAAGGAACCAGAGGACGAUAUCAAGUCUGAGAUCAAAGACGAGGAUAGCACCGAGAGCGAAUACGAGGAUGACCCGGUGGAUAUCAAGGCAGAAGAUGCAGUUGACAUUGAUGGGAAGCCGAUUGUUGAUGGCAAGGGCCGUGGCAUGAUAAAGGUUUGCGAGGAUGAAAACCCCAAUGACCAGGAUGCGCAGAAUGAACUUCAAGAACUUCGCGCAUCGGUUAAGCAGUGGCAAACACAUCUCAACUUCAAACACGAAAACGAACCAACUGCAUCAUCAUCCCAGGACAGGACAAACAACCGGGCUAAAGACCAAAAGCCGACUACAAUAACCCAACCUCCAAAGCAAGCCACGACGCCACGAGUAAGAAUUAAAAAGGAAGAAGAUAGCGAAGACCGAGAUGCACCAAUCACAGCCAUCGCGAGUGCUAGUCCGACAAUUAAGAGAGAGGCGGCAGAUGAACUCCCGCCAUCAGCAGCCCACCAGCCAAUCUCGGUGCAAGCGGCACCACCCUUGGAUGAGGGUGGAGCGACGACUUCCAUCACGGCGUCAUCGACAACGGCGACACUGCCGGGAGGAGAAGUUUGCUGCGAAGUGUGCUCUUUUGCAAACCAGGCCCUGUCAAUAACGUGUGCCGUAUGCUCCCACGUGCUUGACCCAGCAAGCGUGCCGAAUGCCUGGCGAUGCCGGAGCACGACAUGCCAGGGGAGCCAGUAUCUCAACCCCGGCGAUUUUGGGGUCUGCGGAGUCUGCGGGCAGAGCAAAAAGCAAGGAUGA